AUGCCUCGAGGCAGCUCAUUAUCUAGAAUAUCACAGAAGUCUUAUUUACCGCCUGCAUCGGUAGUACCAUCAAUCAGUAGCCGAUUAGACCAUUUAUCAUUGGGUAUAAUUGGUGUAGAUAGUCGACCAGCUGUGAUCAUCGAUGUUGGUACGGCGUUAACCAAAAUCGGUUAUGCAGGAGAAUUUGUUCCACGUGCGAUAUUGAGAACAGAAUUAUUGCAUGAUUGUACUGGUGAAUCUAUAAAAGUAUUAGAUAACACUCUUGAUGAACGGGAUUUCUACCGUAGACUGGCGAAGUUUUUUCGAGAAUUAUUUCUGAAUUACUAUGCAUUGUGUUUAUUGAUGAUUUUUCGAUUCGCAUUAACCACAACCAAAGAUCGUCGAGUCGUCAUUGUCGAAAGUAUUUUGGCUAGAACACCAUAUCGUAACUUGGUAGCACGGGUGUUGUUCGAAAAUUUUGAUGCUCCAUCGAUACUUUUCGCCCCUUCCCAUCUACUGGCAACCUUUCCAUUUGGAGUGUCAAGUGCUCUUGUUAUUGAUGUUGGAUAUUCAAAUGCGACUGUCGUUCCGAUCUUAGAUGGUGUGACAAUGGUGUUUCAGUUGGAAACCUCGUGUGUUGGUGCAAAAUAUCUUGAAGAACGUGUCCAUGAGUUGUUGCGAAAAUACGGGAAGAUAUUGACGAAGUUGGGUAUGGAACGGCCACUAAUUGAUAGCGAUGACUUAUUAUUGAAAAAAGAACGAAUCUUAGAAGAUAUCGUAGUUAGGUUUUGUUUUGCUACUAAAAUGGAUCGCGGAAGAUUGAUGCAAUCUGCUGAAUAUCACGGGGAAAGUGAGUUAUUAGCAGCACCCUGUGACGUACGCUUACCAUUCGGCGAUGAAGUGCUCAUAGUUCCAGGUAUUGUUAGAGAAUGGACAGCAGAAGUCAUUUUCGAAGAAAACAGUGACUUCAAAUCGUUACCACAACUAGUUCUUGAUUGUGUAUAUCGGUGUCCAAUUGACACGAGAAAAAAGUUGUUAGAGAGUAUGUUACUGACUGGUGGUACAACUCGCAUGCAAGGGUUCUAUGCAAGACUGCAAAAUGAAAUACUCCGUUUAGUUACAACAUCUGAUUAUGCCAACAAAUUGGGGCAUAUUGGAUCUGUGAAAUUUUACCGUUUACCGAAAUCUUCAGUUGAGUUGUAUGGAAGUUGGAUUGGAGGUAGCAUGUUUGGAGCUUUAGAAAUACUGCAGUAUCGUUCUUUGACGCGCGAAAAUUGGCAGGCAUGUGGUGAUGUGCCAGACUGGAUUGUUGGCGUUCAUGAGAUAGAUCCAAAAAUAUUUAAAAGCCGAUGA